AUGAGAUGAAACGAAGGCGGGACUUCUACACAAACCAGGAAAACCAACACCUGGAGCCAGGAGAAGUGGUGGAGGAGCCAACUAUUAUUGCAGAAGAUGAAAUCAUCAGUCUCUCCAUUCAGUUCCAUGAGAAGAAUAAAAGUGACACACAACCUGUGGAUACAGAAGGAGACAAUACCAACAGCAAGCGCUUCUUGCAAUGCCCGGCAGCCAUGACAGUCCUGCACUUAGCCAAGUUCCUGCGUAGCAAGAUGGACAUUCCAAACACCUUACGGAUUGAAGUGCUGUACGCUGAUGAGCCCUUAAAGGACUACUACACGCUGAUGGAUAUUGCCUACAUGUAUUCUUGGCGACGUAAUGGCCCCCUCCCCCUGCAGUACUGGGUCAAGCCCACCCGGAAGCGUCGAAGGCUGUCCCAGGGUGCCGCCCAGGCCCACUCCGACAGUGUCAACACUAGCCCCACCUCUGAGAGCGACUCCCACAGUGACAAGGCCCUGAGCCCGGCCGGUCAGGCCCCCAAAGCCUCCACCCUGCCCAGCCCUGCCCUCCGAGGCCAACCCUCUACCCUUCAGAGCCCCAGCGGUACCACAGGACCCAAUGGCACUCAACGGCUCCCUCUAGCCUCCAAGUCAGGGAGCAACGCCCGCAAGGUGAACGUCAACGGCAAAAGCAAUGGAGCGGCGACUGAGACUAGGGGAGGGGACAAAGGGGCUGUACCACCCCCAACCUAAAUCUGAUACAUCCCAGAAACAGGGAGAGUGGAAUGGAAUUGCCCCAAAAUGUCAGAGAGUAGCCCCUCAAUGGACAAAUGGGACAGACAAGGAGAAAGUCUGCCAAGAGAGUACUGAGGGAGAGGGCGAUUGUGAUCAGCAAAAAGACUGUCAAGUGCAGCCAAAUAGACAUUUCAUUUCAAUGUGUGUGCGUGUGUGACUGUGUGUUAGAGUAAAACAUACAUACAAAAUGUACAGUAUGUAUCCAAUGUGAGCAUUCGUGCCUACAUGGUCAUGUAUAUAGAGUAUCUUUUAUACAGGAUAUUGUAAUUGUUUUGUAACUGUAUAAUAUGCAGUCGGUUCUCCGAUUCCUUCCCCCAAGUCUUCAGAAUUAAUUUGGCUCUAAAUAUAAAUUGACAAAAUGCUGAAUGGCAUUGCAAUGCGAAUGUCUAUCUAUAUAGAUAUAUAUAGUACCAGUCAAAAGUUUGGACACACCUACUCAAGGGUUUUUCUUAAUUUUUACGUUGU